UAAAGAGCCAAAACUCCCAUGCAAUCUUGGAUUUUUCUAUCUCAUGACUUCCUGACCAGCAACCUCUUAUAAAGGAAGCUCAGGGCCCAGAUUUCAAGGAAUCGGAGAACCCACGAGUCCUUGGCCCAGCCCUGUUCCUGCAGCUCGUCAGCCGCCAGAAAGAUGAAGGGCAGCCUGGCUACCCUGGCCUUCCUCCUCAUUGCUGCCCUCCACUCUGAAGCCAAUGAAGAACCAGCCAAUGAUCAGACUCCCUGCUGUUUCAACUACAUCUCAAGGAAAAUCCCACUCCGCUUUGUAAAAGACUAUUAUAGGACCAGUGACCUAUGCCCCAUGCCAGCAGUUGUCUUCCUUACUGGAAAAGGGCGACAGGUCUGCGUCAACCCCAGCGUUGCCUGGGUGCAGGAGUACAUCACAUACCUGGACGGCCAGUCCAAGUGAUCUGGGCGCACGGCCCAAGGAACAUGAGACGAAGCCACAGAGCCACCUCCCCUCCCCAACUCUCAGGCCCAGAUGGUCCCCAGGAGUAUCCCAGCCUGAAUUGAAGCCCAUUCUUGCUUUUCUGUGCUCUCAUGCUCUGAGGUCUCCUGCUCGCUCCUGAAGCUUUGCCAUGACACUCUGCCCUCUGGGGCCUGUGGACACUGUGGCCCCAGACACCAUCUGUCUUCCCCUCGCAGGCACCUGGUUAUUGAAAUAAAACUGCACUGUAGAAAGAGAACCUGGUUAUUUACUUUGGUUCUCUCACAAGACA